AUGCCAUUAAACAAUACCUUGCCAAGUUUUGAUGAAUUUAUCCAAAACACCUUUGCAAAUAAUUUGGUCAACCCAACUGUUUUAUAUCACCACCAAAAUAAUAACCAACCGGGAUUCACACAUGUUAAUCCAGCUACAGCAGCAGUAUCAACAAGCAGUAACAGACAAUUAUACAUACCAUCUUCUGUCACUGAGCAAACAUCAGUUGGCCAGAUGAAACAAUCAUUGAAGAGAACAUCCCCUGUUGAUGAGUUUAACCGGCUAAAUGCAGAAAUUGAGAGACAACAAUCUGAAAUUUCUCGUCUUGUGCAAGAGAACGUACUUCUCAAAAGGAAGAAGAGAAAGGUAGAUACUCAAUCAAACAGCACUCAACCAACAAAUAGUCCACAACCAAGUCAUACUUCUAGUAGAGCCAGCAGUUCACCAAUUGAGUUUACUGUUAUAGCAGAAUCAUCACUGAGUCAUAACAAGCAAGAUAUUGUGAUGAGCAAUGUCAAUGACUAUUCUGUUGUUUGGAAUGGAGCCACUUAUGUCAUUUCGAAUAUUUUCACUAAUAAGGAUGAUGUUUCUCAUUUCUAUUGUCCAAAGUUUGAAUCAUUCUAUCCAAAGAAGGAUUACAAAUUGGUUGUUGAGAAGAAUGAAUAUCGUCAAUUAUUGAGCGAGAAUCCACACAUUAUUCCACUUUUCAAAAAACGUGCAUGGAGAGUUUCACUUUUUACAAUGGAAUUUGUAAACUUUGUAAGAGAAUGCAAUCAGAAUGGCAACAAUUAG